AUGGCAAAGGGAAAACUGUCUUUUAGCUACAAUUAUUUUCUGCUCUUGUUAGUAAGUCUUUCCAUUGCAGAAGUGGAUGCCAAGCCAGCAGCAAUUUUCAUAUUUGGUGAUUCUACAUUUGAUGUUGGGACUAACAAUUUUCUGAAUGGAACGACUGCACUUGCCAAUUUCCCUUAUAAUGGGAUUGAUUUUCCUGACUCAAUUCCUACAGGGAGGUUCAGUAAUGGUUAUAACCUUGCUGAUCGACUUGCAAUGCUGUUUGGAUAUGAAAGGAGCCCGCUACCUUAUCUUUAUCUUGUCAACAAUAUGUCGAUUUUCAGAGAGGAAAUACUGAAAGGAGUGAACUUUGCAUCUGGAGGAUCUGGAAUUCUUGAUCAAACUGGAAAAAUAUUAUGGCAUGGAGUCGUACCAUUGAGAGAUCAGAUUCAGCAAUUUGCAUUAGUCCGUGAAAAUAUUACUGAGAUGAAGGGUGCUGAUGAAACUGCUAAGAAUCUUUCCAACUCUUUGUUCAUAUUCAGUGUUGGUUCAAACGACAUUCUUGAUACCCUUCGUUUAGGAGCCAAUAUAACCAAAGAACAAUUGAUGGCCACUCUCCGGUCAGCUUACUACCAACAUCUAAAGAACUUAUACAACAUGGGAGCUAGGAAAUUUGGCAUAAUAGGUGCUGCACCAAUUGGCUGCUGUCCUUUUUCGCGUGCUAUGAACAAGAGUUUGGGUGGUAACGGUGGUUGCUUGAAAGCACCAAAUGAAUUUGCUCGACGUUUCUACUUCGUUGUUCGCUCUCUCUUACAAAGAUUGACAUCUGAAUUUCCAGAAAUGAAGUAUUCACUUGGAAAUGUGUACAAUAUGACCAGCUAUAUCUUGAAGAAUCAUCGCACAUAUGGUUUCGAGGAAAUAAAGGAAGCUUGCUGUGGGUCGGGAGAUUACAAUGGAGUAGGGUAUUGCAACAAAACAGAAAACCCUAACCUUUGUCAGAAUCGGAAGGAGUAUUUAUUUUGGGACUUGUAUCAUCCAUCAGAAGCUGCAACCAAUCUAACAGCCCUAACCCUCUAUUAUGGAGGCACUGACUUUGUGAAACCAAUCAACUUUGGUCAGCUGGCAGAGAUUCAACUCUAA